AUGGAGCCUGAAAUCCAACUGGAAUCUUUCCAUGUGUCCAGCACCAAGGGCUUUGUCCUGGACGAUCCAAAGACUGAUCUCUCAGAGUACUACCAGCCAUGGAUGAGCAUCGCCAUGGACCUCCCCCAGCUGAUCCAAACUCAUCAGCUCCAGCACAGGGUCCAUGAGAUGCCGCUGUUGAGCACCACGCAUCUCCAAGGGCACAGAGAAGAGAGGCUGGCACACCUGGCACUGGGCUUCAUCACCAUGGGCUAUGUGUGGCAGGAAGGAGAGCACCAGCCAGUCAAGACGCUCCCCAGGCAGCUGGCUGAGCCGUACUGCAAAGUGUCGGAGGCCUUGGACCUGCCGCCCAUCCUGGUCUAUGCCGACUGUGUGCUGGCCAACUGGAAGCUGAAGGACCCCACAGGUCCAUUCGAAAUUGGGAACAUGGACACCAUAUUCAAGUUUCCUGGGGGAGAAUCAUGCAGGGGCUUCUUCCUGGUCUCCUUGCUGGUGGAACAGGCUGCAUGCAGAGGGAUAGAGGGAAUUGCCAUGGCGAUGAACUCCAUGCUGACCCAGGACAAUCGUCGUGUGAAGGAAGGUCUACUGAUGGUGAACGAAUCCCUGCUGAAGAUGAAGGAGGUGUUUGGACUCAUGCGCAAACACGUGGAGCCUGAUGUCUUUUAUGGGACACUGCGGAUCUUCUUUACUGGGUGGAUGGACAACCCUGCCCUGCCCGAUGGGCUAUGCUAUGAGGGGCUCUCUACAGAGCCUUUGCAGUUGAGGGGGGGCAGUGCUGCUCAGAGCUCCAGCAUCCAAUGUUUUGAUGCUCUGUUGGGUGUCAAACAAAUGGAAACCUCAGCUGACAGCUACCUGAAGGACAUCCGCAGUUACAUGCCCCCAGCCCACCGGCACCUGAUCGAGGUCCUCGAGAGUCGGACUCCCUUGCGUUCAUACGUGGAGAAUUCUGGCGAGCAGGAUCUCAUCGACACCUACGACAAGUGUGUUGAGGCCCUGGUGGCCCUGCGAUGCUACCACCUGCAGGCUGUAAGCAGCUAUGUGUCUGCGCCCAGUAAGAGUGCACACAGGGGCGACCCCACCCCCAGGGAGGAAAAGGGCACAGGUGGCACAGAUGCCUUCCGUUUCCUGAAGAGCGUCCGCGACUCGACCAAGAAUGUCCUCAUCAGCCCUAAAUGA